CCUCCGUAAAAUUUGAUUGAUAAAAGCGAGUCGCGCCGCUGGUUAUUCUUUUUUUUUUUUUUACUCUCGCAUCGAACGCCGCAUCAACCAACAGCGCCCGCAAUGUAACGACACUUUUCCCCUCUGUUUUGGCUAGUGCAAUUGACGCGCAUUCCGAUUUAUUCAAUGUUUAAUAAAAUGAACUUGUAAAUGUGCUAGGGCGCCAAUUUCGGUGAAAUAAAGUGCAGUUGCUGCAACUGCCACAGCCUCUGUCGACGUCGCCGCUUUUUGUUGCUGUUUUUAUCGGACAGCAACAAGUUUUAACUUUUUUCGGCUGAAUCGAGAGGCAAAUCGCAAAACUCAAUCAAACAUCAAGACAUGCGGACAUAUAACGGUUACCGUAUUUUAGGUGUGUGAUUUUUGUCCCAUUUUUUUUUCGCUGUGUGUGUUUGUAGAGCUAACACCACCCGUAAACAAGUGCAAUAUUAAUUAAGUAAUGACUGAUCGAGUGAUAUUGUAGUAUAUGUAAUAAGCAUAUACGAAAACAGUGCAUGCACAUACAUGUAUACACACAAAGAAAAUGCAGAGACAAAUGACCAUGUUAUAACAAUUAAAAAUAAAACGCAAAAGCCACGAAAAAUCCCACAACAUCUGCGAAACCUUCGGCGAUCAUCGAGUUUUACUGUACUUGAAAAAUGGACAGUGCCACGCAAAAACAAAACCAAAGGCAAAGGCAAAAGCAACGGCAAUCACCAAUACUGAAACAAAAACAAACACAUGGACGAAAGAGGCGGCGAUUACAACAACACCAACACCAGCGACAUCAGCAACACCAACAAUUGUGGCUUGUUGUUGGUAUUCUGACAAUAUUCUUGUCACAGCUCACAAAUGCAGCAGACUUGGUGAUCAACGUUCCCAAUGCCAGCAGCAAUGACAAUGCCUUCUACAGGAUCGAUUACAGUCCACCCUUUGGCUUCCCCGAGCCAAACACUACGAUACCGGCUAGUGAGAUUGGCAAGGACAUUAAGUUCUCGAGGGCACUGCCGGGCACAGAGUACAAUUUUUGGCUGUACUACACGAAUUCCACACAUCAGGAGCUGCUUACCUGGACGGUGAAUAUAACAACAGCUCCCGAUCCUCCAGCUAACCUGAGCGUCCAGCUGAGAUCCAGCAAAAGCGCCUUCAUAACGUGGCGACCUCCUGGAACUGGUAGAUACUCUGGUUUUCGUAUCCGUGUCCUAGGCCUCACGGAUUUGCCCUUCGAGCGCAGCUACUCGCUGCUGGGCAACGAGACGCAGGUAUCGGCCAAGGAGCUGACACCCGGCGGCACUUACCAGGUGCAGGCAUAUUCAAUCUACCAGGGCAAGGAGUCGGUGGCCUAUACCAGUCGCAAUUUCACCACAAAGCCCAAUACGCCCGGCAAGUUCAUCGUUUGGUUCCGCAACGAGACAACCCUGCUGGUGCUGUGGCAGCCACCGUUUCCCGCCGGGAUCUACACCCACUACAAGGUGUCCAUAACGCCCGACGAUGCCAUCCAGAGUGUGCUGUAUGUGGAGCAAGAGGGUGAGCCACCGGGACCCGCUCAGGCGGCCUUCAAGGGUCUAGUUCCGGGCAGAGAGUACAAUAUUUCGGUGCAAACCGUAUCCGAGGAUGAGACAUCAUCGGUGCCCACAACGGCAAGGUAUUUAACCGUACCAGAGCGCGUCCUCAAUGUGACCUUCGAUGAGGCCUACACCACGGCCAACUCCUUUCGAGUGCAAUGGAGGCCACCGACAACGUACAGCGAAUUCGAUGGCUACCAGGUGAUGCUCUCCACCUCGCGAAGGAUCUUCAAUGUGCCGCGCAACGAGGGCGAUUCGGUUUACUUUGAUUAUCCGGAUGUCCUGGAGGCGGGUCGCACCUACGAGGUGGUGGUGAAGACCAUAGCGGACAAUGUAAACUCGUGGCCCACCAGCGGCUUUGUGACGCUGCGACCGCGUCCGGUGCGGAGUCUGGGUGGAUUUCUAGAUGAUCACAGCAAUGUCCUGCACAUAUCCUGGGAGCCGGCAGAGACGGGGCGACAGGAUGCCUAUCGAAUAAGCUACCAUGAGCAGACCAAUGUGAGCGAAGUGCCACCCACAUUUCCUGCCGCCUCAGAGACACAGAUCCGCACGAAUCUCACCGAAUACACGCUGGACUCACUGCUGCCGGGACGUCGCUAUUUGAUUGGCGUCCAGGCCCUAUCCAUGGAGGUGGCCUCCAAUGCCAGCUACAUAACCCGCUAUACCCGUCCGGCGGCGCCUCUCAUCCAGGAGCUGCGUAGCAUCGAUCAGGGUCUAAUGCUCAGCUGGCGAAGUGAUGUGAAUUCGCGUCAGGAUCGCUACGAGGUUCAUUACCAGCGGAAUGGGACACGCGAGGAGCGAACGAUAGCCACCAAUGAGACGCAGCUAACGAUUAACUAUCUGCAUGCUGGUUCCGGUUACACGGUGAAGGUGCAUGCCAUUAGCCAUGGGAUCAGGAGCGAGCCUCAUACCUACUUCCAGGCAGUCUUUCCCAAACCCCCACAGAAUCUCACCCUGCAAACGGUGCACACCAACCUGGUGGUGCUCCACUGGCAGCCGCCGGAGGGCAGUGAUUUCAGCGAGUACGUGGUCCGGUAUCGUACGGAUGCCUCACCCUGGCAGCGCAUCGCUGGCCUGCAUAAGAACGAGGCCCGGAUUGAGGAUAUGCAUUAUGGCGAACGCUACCUGGUCCAGGUGAACACGGUCAGCUUUGGUGUGGAGAGUCCGCAUCCCGUGGAGCUGAAUGUAACGAUGCCGCCGCAACCAGUCUCGAAUGUGGUGCCGCUGGUGGAUUCGCGUAAUCUCACGCUGGAGUGGCCACGUCCCGAUGGUCACAUAGAUUUUUACAGCCUCAAAUGGUGGCCCACAGACGAGGCGGAAAAUGUGGAAUUCAAGAAUGUAACCCAGCUGGAGGAUGUAACUUCCCCCAGCGUGCGUGUCCCCAUCGAGGACCUCUCGCCGGGCCGUCAGUACGGCUUCGAGGUCCAGGCCAGCUCCAAUGGCAUUCGCUCCGGCAUCACCCACCUCUUCACCCGCACCAUGCCGCUCAUACAGUCGGACGUCUUCAUUGCCAAUGCCGGCCAUGAGCUGGGCCAGGACGAGACGAUCACCUUGAGCUACACACCCACGCCGGCGGCUAGCACACGCUUCGACAUCUAUCGCUUCUCCAUGGGCGAUCCCAAGAUCAAGGACAAGGAGAAGCUGGCCAAUGACACGGAGCGCAAGCUAAGCUUCAACGGGUUGACGCCCGGCAAGCUCUACAACGUGACCGUGUGGACGGUGAGCGGUGGAGUGGCCAGUUUGCCAGUGCAGCGUCUAUAUCGCCUGCAUCCGCUACCCAUUUCGGAUUUGGUGGCCAGCCAGCUGGCGGCGCGUGAGAUAAGCCUGCGUUGGACGGCACCCAUCGGUGAGUACACUGACUUUGAGCUGCAGUACCUCAGUGCGGACGCGGAGGAGCCCCAGCUGCUGCAGAAUGUGACCAAGAGGACGGAGAUUACGCUGCAGGGACUGCGGCCGUAUCACAAUUACACAUUCACCGUGGUGGUGCGAGCCGGUUCGGACAUUUCCGGCAGCAGCACGCUGAUGCGCAGCAGUGCCCCCAUCUCGGCCAGCUACCAAACCCUGGCCGCCCUGCCCGGCAAGGUGGAGUUCUUCCAGCCCAGCGAUAUCCAGCCGGGUGAGGUGACCUUCGAGUGGAUUCUGGAGCCGGGAGAGCAGCAUGGCCCCAUUGAUUACUACAGGAUUACGUGUCAGAAUGCGGAGGAUGCGGGCAUGGAUGUGACCAACUAUGAGUUCCCAGCGAAUGCCACGCAGGGCAGGAUUGAUGAUUUGGUUCCAGGUAAUCGCUACAUUUUCCGGAUACAGGCCAAAUCAGCUCUAGGCUAUGGGGCCGAGCGGGAGCAUGACCUAAGGAUGCCCAUAUUGGCACCGCCCAUUCCAGAGGCAAGUGUCACACCCCUCGAGGUGAGUCGUAGUAGCAGCACCAUUGAGAUUAGCUUCCGGCAGGGUUACUUCUCCAAUGCCCACGGCAUGGUGCGUUACUACACCAUCAUUGUGGCGGAGGAUGUGGGCAAGAAUGCCUCCGGCCUGGAGAUGCCCAGCUGGCAGGAUGUCCAGGCAUAUACGGUGUGGCUGCCCUACCAGGCCAUUGAGCCAUACAAUCCCUUCCUAAGCUCAAAUGGGAGUCGGCGAGGGAGCAGCAGCAGUAAUCUGCUGGAGGCGGAGCACUUUACCAUUGGUUCGGCCAACUGUGACUCCCAUUCGACGGGCUACUGCAACGGGCCGCUGCGUUCCGGCACCACAUACAGGAUCAAGGUGCGCGCCUUCACCGACGAGGACAAGUUCACGGAUACGGCGUACAGUGCACCAAUAACCACAGAGCGUAGCGACACCAUGAUUGUGGCUUUGACCAUGUCGGCGGUGCUGCUGGUGGCCGUGGUGCUAUUGGUGGUUUACUGCCAGCAUCGCUGCCAGCUAAUCCGUAGAGCCAGCAAACUAGCCAGGAUGCAGGAUGAGCUGGCUGCCCUGCCCGAGGGUUAUGUUAUACCAAAUCGUCCUGUGCAUGUUAAGGAUUUUGCCGAGCAUUAUCGUCUCAUGUCCGCCGACUCGGACUUUCGAUUCAGCGAGGAAUUUGAUGACCUGAAGCAUGUGGGUCGCGAUCAGCCCUGCAGCUUUGCCAAUUUGCCUUGCAAUCGUCCCAAGAAUCGUUUCACCAACAUCCUGCCCUACGAUCACUCACGCUUCAAGCUCCAGCCGGUGGACGAUGACGAUGGCUCCGAUUACAUCAAUGCCAACUAUAUGCCGGGUCAUAAUUCACCGCGUGAGUUUAUUGUCACCCAGGGGCCGUUGCAUUCCACGCGGGAGGAGUUCUGGCGGAUGUGCUGGGAGAGCAAUUCCAGGGCCAUUGUCAUGCUGACGCGUUGCUUUGAAAAGGGACGCGAAAAGUGUGACCAAUACUGGCCGGUGGAUCGGGUGGCCAUGUUUUAUGGCGACAUCAAGGUGCAGUUGAUUGUGGAUACGCAUUUCCAUGACUGGAGCAUCUCGGAGUUUAUGGUUUCACGGAACUGCGAAUCCCGGAUAAUGCGGCAUUUUCACUUCACCACCUGGCCGGACUUUGGGGUGCCAGAGCCGCCGCAGUCGCUGGUGCGAUUUGUGCGCGCCUUUCGCGAUGUUGUCGGCACCGAUUCGCGUCCCAUUAUUGUCCAUUGCAGCGCUGGUGUGGGCAGGUCGGGCACCUUUAUAGCCCUCGACCGGAUACUGCAGCACAUACACAAGUCCGACUAUGUGGACAUAUUUGGUAUAGUGUUUGCCAUGCGAAAGGAGCGCGUGGUCAUGGUGCAGACGGAGCAGCAGUAUGUGUGCAUCCAUCAGUGUUUGCUGGCAGUGCUGGAGGGCAAGGAGCAUCUGCUGGCCGAUUCCCUGGAGCUGCAUGCCAACGAUGGCUAUGAAGUGACUAAAAUUUACUUAGAACGCCCUAAUGGCCAGCUACAACAGCCACAAACGAAAAUGGGUACCCUGCCCAUACGUGCCUCCCUGGCCAAGGCCGAGGAACUGGAACCGGAUCUCAUGGUUGCCACCGACAAGGAUACGGAGCAACAGCUGCCGGCGGAGGCUAACGAAAAGCGUAAAUCUCACGAAAUUCCCAACGAAAGCAACUGCCUCAAGCAGCAAGCUAUUGAUGAGGACGAGGAUGAAGAGGAUGAAGAUGAAAACGAUGACGAUGACCAGCAGCCACUGAACAAUGAGACAACGGCCACCUUGUCAUCGGCCAGCUGUAACACCAGCAGCAGCAGCAGUAGUAACAGCAGCGGCAGCCAUCAGGAGCAUGCAAUCCUGCAGGAAUCGUUAGAGCAUCCCAAGCUAGACCAGGAGAGAAUCUGCAAAGUCUCGAGCAAAUCUCAUUCAGACAGCGAAACAGACGACGAUGAUGAUGAUGAGCAGCAGCUGGCCAAGGAUGGGGCUGUUGCUGGCGCUGAGGAUGAGGAUGGCGAUGGCUGGUGGUAUUGAGAUAGCUAAAGUCGUCUUUAAUUUAUAUUAGAUGACGAGGGCAUUGCUGAGACGGGAAUCUGAGGAUGCUGUAACAAUAUAUCCUCUCUGCCCAGGACUAUAUGCUGUAGCACCUAAAAUGUAGUAGUUACUUUUUACACUGUACGUAAAAUCUGCCUGUGAUGUGCUAGAUUGUGAUUUGUCUACAAAAACAAAACGAAGAAGAAACGGCGGAGGGCUUCCUGUUUUUUUUUGGCCUGUGUGCCAUUAUUUAUGUGCCUUUUUGCCAUAAUAGAGCUAUAGCUUUUGGCCAGCUAGCCUGCUUAAAUGUAAAUUUAAUGUAAAAGUGCCGCCAAAUUAGACCAAACCAACUUAAGCUUCAGGUGUAUCUAUGUAUAUCCCCUGUACCUGUUGUCUACCUACUGUACCCUUGGCUUUGUAGUUCUGUUUAGAUUUGUACAUUUGUUUCUUUUAUUAUGACGAUUACUAUUACUAUUAUUAUUAUUAUUAAGAUUAAGAUUAUGAUUAUGCCUAUUAGCUAUUACCCGUAAACGAUUGUGUAUUAUGUUUAUUGUAUUUGUAUAUGAAUGUAUGUCUGUAGGUUAAGUGCAUUUUAUCGAUAUCCAUCCACGAUUAGUCAGCGGAGUAGUGGCUUCUCCGAGGGAUCCUCGCCAGCCGCCGGCUCCAGGAGCAAGCUGCCAGCAGUAGCUUCUCCGAGGGAUCCUCGCCAGCCGCC